CAUACUACUUUUGUCGUAAGUUUUCUCCUUUUAUAGUUACAUACUAAAGACUCCACAUCACGGACCAGUCAUUCAUAUUCUGCAUUCUCAAACUCUUUUUUCAUCCAAUUUCUCUCAAUUUUCAUGGCUAUGCAAUUAGCUUCCUCUUCUUCUUCAUUUUCCUAUGGAUUCACUUACCAAGUGUUCCUCAGUUUUAGGGGCACUGACACUCGCCACGGUUUUACCGGAAAUCUCUACAAGGCUCUUACUGACAAGGGAAUCCAUACCUUCAUUGAUGACAAUGAUCUUCCAAGAGGAGAUGAAAUCACACCAUCACUCCUCAAGGCCAUUGAUGAAUCUAGGAUUUUUAUUCCUGUGUUUUCUAUCAACUAUGCCUCUUCUUCGUUUUGUUUGGACGAACUUGUCCACAUAAUUCACUGCUACAAGACAAAGGGUCGCCUCGUUUUGCCUGUUUUCUUCGGCGUGGAACCUACUAAAGUGCGACAUCAGAAAGGUAGUUAUGGUGAAGCAUUGGCUGAGCAUGAAAAGAGGUUUCAAAAUGAUAAGAAUAACAUGGAGAGGUUGCAGGGAUGGAAAGUGGCUCUGAGCCAGGCUGCAAACUUUUCCGGCUACCAUGAUAGUCCUCCUGGAUAUGAAUACGAGUUUACUGGAGAGAUAGUCAAAUACAUCUCCAACAAGAUCAGUCGUCAACCCUUACAUGUUGCCAAUUACCCUGUUGGAUUGCAGUCUCAAGUACAAGAAGUGAAAUCGCUUCUUGAUGAAAGAUCUGAUGAUGGAGUCCACAUGGUAGGACUUUAUGGUACUGGAGGAUUGGGUAAAUCAACACUUGCAAAAGCAAUUUAUAAUUUUAUUGCUGAUCAAUUUGAAUGCUCAUGUUUUCUUGAAAAUGUGAGAGAGAAUUCAACUUCAAAUAAAUUGAAACAUCUUCAGGAGGAGCUCCUUUUAAAAACACUUCAACUUGAAAUUAAGUUUGGAGGUGUUAGUGAGGGAAUUCCUUAUAUAAAGGAAAGGCUACAUAGAAAGAAGGUUCUUUUGAUUCUUGAUGAUGUUGACAAUAUGAAGCAACUACAUGCUUUGGCUGGAGGACCUGAUUGGUUCGGCCGUGGAAGCAAAGUCAUCAUUGCCACUCGAGACAAACACUUGCUAACCUGUCAUGGGAUAAAAAGUAUGCAUAAAGUGGAAGGGCUGUAUGGGACAGAAGCUCUUGAAUUGUUGAGGUGGAUGGCUUUUAAAAGUGACAAUGUUCCUUCAGGUUACGAAGAGAUUUUAAACCGUGCUGUUGCAUAUGCUUCUGGCCUUCCGUUAGUUAUAGAAAUAGUGGGUUCUAACUUGUUUGGAAAGAACAUAGAGGAAUGGAAGUAUACAUUAGAUGGGUAUGACAGGAUUCCCAAUAAAGAGAUCCAAAAGAUACUUAAAGUGAGCUAUGAUUCUUUGGAAGAAGAGGAGCAAAGUGUCUUUCUGGACAUUGCUUGUUGCUUCAAAGGAUAUAAUUGGGAAGAUGCAAAGUAUACACUUCAUUCUCAUUAUGGCCAUUCCAUAACACAUCAUCUAGGAGUGUUGGCUGAAAAAUCUCUCAUAGACCAAUAUUGGGAAUAUCGCGAUUAUGUGAUGUUACAUGACUUGAUAGAGGACAUGGGUAAAGAAGUCGUCCGACAAGAAUCAAUUAAAGAGCCUGGAGAAAGAAGUAGGUUAUGCUGUCAGGAUGAUAUAGUUCGUGUUUUAAGAGAAAACACUGGAACUAGUAAAAUUGAAAUGAUAUAUAUGAAUCUCCACUCCAUGGAAUCCGUGAUAGACAAGAAAGGAAAGGCCUUCAAGAAGAUGACAAAACUGAAAACACUUAUCAUUGAAAAUGGCCAUUUUUCUGGAGGUCUGAAGUAUCUUCCAAGCAGUUUGCGUGUAUUGAAAUGGAAAGGAUGUUUAUCGAAGUGUCUGUCAUCUAAUAUUUUAAACAAGAAGUUUCAGAAUAUGAAAGUCUUGACAUUGAACUAUUGUGAAUAUUUAACACAUAUACCCGAUGUCUCAGGCCUUUCAAAUUUAGAAAAGUUAUCGUUUACAUGUUGUGAUAAUUUAAUUACAAUUCACAAUUCUAUUGGACACCUAAAUAAACUUGAAUGGUUAAGUGCAUAUGGUUGCAGAAAGCUCGAACGUUUUCCACCUUUAGGUUUGGCAUCUCUUAAGAAAUUGAAUCUCAGUGGUUGUGAGAGUCUCGAUAGUUUUCCAGAAUUAUUAUGCAAGAUGACAAAGAUAGACAAUAUUUUGUUGAUUAGUACUUCCAUAAGAGAACUGCCAUUUUCAUUUCAAAAUCUCAGUGAACUUCAAGAGUUAUCAGUGGCAAAUGGAACGCUGAGGUUCCCAAAACAGAAUGAUAAGAUGUAUUCAAUAGUGUUUUCAAAUAUGACAGAGCUUACUCUCAUGGAUUGCAACCUCUCAGAUGAAUGUCUCCCAAUACUUCUCAAGUGGUUUGUUAAUGUGACAUGUCUAGACUUAUCAUAUAGCAAUUUCAAAAUUCUUCCUGAGUGCCUUAGUGAAUGUCACCAUCUUGUUCUAAUUACUGUGAGGGACUGCGAGUCCCUUGAGGAAAUUAGAGGGAUUCCACCAAAUCUUAAAUGGCUUUCUGCAAGCGAAUGCAAAUCAUUGAGUUCCUCAAGUAAAAGAAAGUUAAUGAGUCAGAAACUACAUGAGGCUGGAUGCACCUAUUUUGAAUUCCCAAACGGAACAGAGCAGGGGAUACCAGAUUGGUUUGAGCACCAAAGCAGGGGACUCACACUUUCUUUCUGGUUUCGUAAAGAAAUCCCUUCAAUAACUUGUAUAUUUAUUCUUCCGGAAGGCUUUCUUGAUACCAAUAGGGUCUAUGUUUUUGUGAAUGGUUAUAUUGAGACAGAAUAUUGCCACAAUAGUUUGCUGACUGACCAUACAACUUUGUUUCAUACCUCGAAAUUGAAUAGAUUCAGUAAAAGACAAUGCGAGAAAGAACUUUUGAAAAAUGAAUGGAUCCAUGUGGAGUUUAAGUUGGAUGAUUGGGAUUUUAAAAUACUUAGUGAGGAAGAGAAGAAUAAAAGAUUAAGGAGUGGUCAAAUGGGAAUCCACGUGUGGAAUGAGAAAAGCAACACAGAGGAGAAGAAUGUGGUAUUCACUGAUCCUUAUAUUAGAAAGAGAAAAUCAGAUGAACAUCGCAAUGCUUCGUUAUUACAAUUUCACCCACCGCUGAAAAAGCAAAGGUUAGUGAAAAAGCAACAACAUCUAGCUUUAGUGUCAGCCAUGCGGAACUUGGUUCUUAAUGAAACAAAAGAAUUGGAACACCAUGGCUAGAUUGAUUCCUUGCUCCAGAAAGGAGAGGCUACAGCUAUCAACUUGUCAUUUCUGUUUACAAGUCAAUAACAGAAAUUCAUCUGUAGUUGUCUGGCUUUUUGCAUUGUCAUACGAAAUGUUUUGAGUAUGAAUUGAACAUUGCACAUGAUCCUUCUGCAAACUCGACAUAUUUCCUUUCGUGUUAUCCAUGCCUGCCCUGGAAAAAAGCAUUCUGAUCUAAAGGAACUCAUAUGGGAUAAAGAACUGAAUCUGUGAGCCAACAUUCAUGAAAUACUUUUGCCAGAGUCAUGACCUAUGCAGUAUAAAAUAAUAAUGCAAUUUGUGUUUUUAUUUGAAUAAAUUUCAGGAGGCCAUCCUUGGAUAAUGUAUUCGAAUGUCGACGCGUUUGUAAACUAUUCUUUCCUUGGAUAAUUGAAAGAAAAAGAAAAUACCAUGAA